GCAAUUUCCUUUUUGGUAUGUCUCACUUGAUGUUCCUCAAACUGAAGUGACAAACUUCGCCCAGUUCCCUGCUAAGACAUCAUAGAUCAUGUCAAACAUGUUCAACUGCCACUUCUGCUGAUGGGUAAGUUUCAGUUGUAAACAAGUAUGGAGAGAAGACAGCGUGAGGAGACAGCAGAGGGCUUCACAACACACCAGCCAAAGUUAUCAGGAACCCUGGCACUGAGGAACUUCACCAUACCAAGGAAGAAACGGACCUCUGGAGAAGGUUUUAUAGUCCUUUUGGAGCAUUGUCUAGAGGAGAGCCAAGAUUACAGUCUCAUUCAGUCUAAACUGAGAGAUUCCAGGCUGGACAUGAGUAAGGACCGAGCAAACAUGUGGCUUUGGAAAGAUGUUCGUUUAGUGCACAAUGAGGAGCUUCUUAGAAGGUUCUCAGAAAAAAGGGCAGAGAUGCGCGCUAAAGGAAGACAUGGGAGAGAAAUGGAGGAAAGAUUCUGUUUUUUUGUUGCAUCGGAUCAAAUGACGGCACAGAUUUAUCAGCAUGGUCUACUGGUUGGCAGCACAGUCCAACAUGCCCUGGGAAAGCCAUCACAUGGAGUAUAUUUGUUUAAACAUGUAGAUGUUGCAUUGAAAUCAACUACCAAUAUAUUAAGCACUACAAAUCUGCUAAUUUUCAAGGUUCUGUAUGGAAAGGUGAAAAAAAUCGCACAGAGCUUGGACUUGAACAAAACGCAGGAUCCCACAGUUGGCUUUGACUGUCACAUGUUUAAGGAUGCAGUAUCCCAUAGAGACAGUCUCCAGCAGCAAGUACUGGGUUCCUCUGUUUUUCUGUUUGACUUUAAUGGGAACCAGGAACUCAGUGAAAGACCCAGGCAGUGUUUGCCCUUUGCUGUAGUUUCAUUUGUUUCUGCCAGCAGUUUCAUUUGGACUGGACCUACAAUCUCACCAGUAUCACCUACUAUUCUUCCUGUUGGCCCAGUGCAUGAAACAGUAGACCGUUUCAAGGCAUGUACUGUGGCUGAGAGAAGAGGCAAAGGAGACACUGCCACCAUUACAUUUAAACAUUUCAGCAUGCCAGGCUAUUUUGUACCGGAUUAUACACCUCAGAAUGUAGGAAUAGAGGCUCUGUUUCAAAAUAUGGAAAACACUCAGUCACUCAACCCAAAACAGCACUGGAUUCCUGCCAGUCAGGAUUCCACGCCAAAUGUGGAUCACACUGCUCUCUCUCAAAGCUUAGUGGCAAAGGAAGAAUUCCUAUGUAAUCAAAGACUAAAUACUUCAAGUGCAAAUGAAGGAUAUGAUGAUAAAUGUGACACAAUACCUCAAAGUCCAUCCACGUCCAAAAUUUCCACCAUAGUGUAUUCUUCACGCUUGGUUAAGGAUCCUCGUCUAUCUAGGCGAGAAACAAACCAACAUAUAAAUUGCUCAAAGGCAGAGACAACAUUUAGCACUUUAGGAUGUGAGGAAAGAAAAUGCAAACCAGUCCCUCAAAACCAGGAAGAAAAUUGUGGGUUUGCUAGAACUGUGUCUGUCCCAAAAGAGCCAUCAAAUAUGGACAUAAAGAAGGAUCAAAGAAAUAAGGGUUGUUGUCUACAAUCCUCAGUGAACAACUGUGGGUAUUCCUCAAAGCGAAAAACAGAAACAUUGCCCUCAAUGAAGUUAUUCAAAAUGAAAUUCCAGAAAUAUGCUGAAUACUUCAGACUGAAGGAGGAACAGAGGCGUCAAAAGAUCUGGUCACUAGAAAAUAUGUCACCAGAGCAAAAGCAAGCAUUAAUGGACCGCAUACAUUUCUAUGAGGUCUAUUUUCAGAAGUACAAGAAGGGGUUGCUAUCUCAAAAAGUCAAUGAGACACAGAAGGCAUCCAGUUUGUCUGAAAGAGAACCCAAAGGAAAUCUAAUUUUACACACAACAGAGAAUGCUUACAAACAGAAUCAGUCUAAUGUGAGCCAAACAAAAAUGUAUGAUGCUUCAACAGAUUUUGCUCACAGGGAGAAGUGCAUUAGAAACAUUGUCAACACAGACAUUCAUGAGACAAACCAUCCAGAUAAUCCAAAAUCUAGUUCUGUAAUGCUGGUAGAAAAAAAGCUGGAUCUUCUACCAGAGACUCAUCGGGACCAUGUGGACCAUUCUGAUGGUCUGGUUGAUUCUUCAGGAAAACUUUCAGAGCUAGCCUCUCACUCUCUCACAAACAAAAGAGUUGAUGCACAAAUUGUGCAAUUUGAUCCCAAGCAAUCCCAUGUGCCUGUAACUAGACACAACAUAGAAGGUAAGAUUAAUCCCAAGAUAGUAUGUCAAAGUGAGCUGUCCACAAGUGUGGUAGAGGACCCUGUGAAUGAAUCUACUCCAGUUGUUAACUUCGCUGAAGAAACUAGCCCCGAAUCUGCCCUUAUGUAUACAAACAACAUCACUUCUAUGGAAAUUGCAAGCUGUGUUGAAGUCUCUAGCUGUGGAGCAUCAGAGAACUGUAGUCUUAACUCUACAAUGGUAGUAACACGAGCGCUGAAUGGGCAAAAUCAAAAAAGGGGUACUACAUGUACUGAAGGCUUUGAAAUAUCUGCAGAGCUUAAAAUGGAAGACAACAUUACUUAUAGGGAAUUGUACACAAGACUUCAACUUGAUCAACUAUUGGCAAGCAAAAAUGGAAAGCAUAUUUUCUCUGUAAAAGCUUACCUCACACCCAGAGUUAUGGGUAGACCUACAAAUACCAUUGGCAAGCUAAAAAAAGACAGCAAAUAUCACUGCAAAGACAUUAGGUUUUGGGAAGAUCUCAUAGUCACUUUAAAAGACAACAAAACUCCUGCCCGUACGAAACAAACACUUUCUCUCUCUGAUCGCUUUUCAAAAAUCAAAGGCCUUCAGAAGAGGCUGACUGGCCUCAUGAAUGGAAGACAUUUCAGCAACAGCAAAGUAAUCCAAAAUCCAGAGACCCAAAUUGCCAGCAGUGAAGAAUACAAGAAAACUGGAGCCCAUAACUGUGAACUAAUACAACUAUUAGCACAAAGGUACAACAAUGCUAAAUUACAUGCUAAAUACAGAAGUUUGAGCAGACAAGGCAAUAAGAAGGCAUGUAUCCGAAAACAGCACUCAGCCCUUUCAAAAGUUAAUUCUCUGAGGAGGACAAAAUAUUUCAAGAAGAAACAUUUUUGGAAAGCAAAGAAUUGUAUGAUGUCAACUGAGAGUUCCCAUAAAUCAGUGUACAGUAAAGAAACAUCAGACUCUUCAAAUAGUUCUUCACAUGCUUCUGAAACAGUCUUAACAGAAAGUAAAGAUGAAGGACCUGACCCUCAUUUAGGAAUACUGUCUCACACACCUCAUGCGGACUGUGAAAGUCAACGGUUAUGCAUUCAGGGUUUUCAAGAGACUAAUAAUUAUAAAAGUCUACUCCAAGACCAUUGUUCUCCAACAAUAUCUCCUACUAACAAAGGUCUGACACCAAAACCUACAGAACCACAUUCACAAGAUUCAAUGGACACUAACAAGAAAAAACCAACAGAAGAUGCUAUUAAUUCAACUCCAGUAAUGGUAGAUGAAGUGAAACAAGUUAAGACAGCCAAGAACAGCUCAACUCAAAACAAAACCUUGAUAACACAUGCAAGUAUGUUGAAUGAUUCAAGGACAGACUAUAGGAGUACAAUCAUAGACAAAGAGAGCAUGUUACAGGAACUGACAUCAGAAACUAUAUCAGUGCCAGUAGGCAGGGCAGAGCAGAAAACAAUGAAAAAAUCAAUGGAGGACAAUGUGGAAGCUUCUGAGUGCUUGAAUUUACAGGAAUGUAAGGUAUCAGAAACACAUAGUGAUAUGACAAUAAGCAAUGCAAUCAGCAGUCACACAACUAAUCUUCAGAUAAACAUGACUCCUGAACUCAAAGUGAUGGAUACUGUCCCUGAUAAGACUGAGGUAGACAUUUGUUGUGACGUUGCAAUGGAUAAUAUAACAAUUAAUGAGACAAAUGCAAGUGUAGAAACAUAUCUAAACUUCCAGUGUUUAGACAAAGGAGAGAUGCUGGCAAAUAUCCCAAACAAGAGCCUAUCAGUGUCUGCUAACAAGUUUACUUAUAGCAGUGUUAGGAGUAGUAAUUCAGAGAUCACAAUGGCAAAAGGUCAAGGAAAAGCAUUGUUUGAGACAUCAUCAGAUUCAAUGCAUUGUGUUGUAGAGGCUUUCAAAUGUACAUCAAAUAAUGUUGUAGAUCUUACUACCGAUGAUCCAGUUUCAAGUGGCCAGUGUGAGAAUGCUUCAGAACUCACGAAAAGCAAUGAAACAAAUUUGUCUGGGAUUUCCAUUUCAAAUACCAAACAUGCAAGCACUGUCAUAAUAAAAGAAAACGGUCAUUUAUCCAGACCAGAACAAAACAAAAACUGUGAUAAAGACUCUCCAGAAACGCAGCUCAUUUCUAAACUAAGAGAUUAUUUGACCAAAUUUGAGUCCACUGUCAAGAAACAAGAAGCAGUGAAUGAAGAUCUGAAGGAGAGACCAGUGGCAUGGAUAACCCUAGACAGUACAGCACAUAAACAGCAGUUAGCAGAAAAACGCCAAUACAGCACAGUGAAUUUGCCCAGUUAUAUGCCUCAGAGGAGUGACACCAUUACAAAAGGCAAUUCCAGUGAAUACCCUGACACCUCUGCUCAAACUAGGUUGAUUCCUGGAAGUGAACAUGUUCAAACUGGAACCAAUGUUUACUUACUAGUGCCUGCUGGUUCCAAGAGGGAUAGACGAUCAUCUCAGACCAGAAGAACCAACAGGCUUGUAUCAAAGAAGGCAAGAAGUACCUCUUUAACAAGUGUCAGUCCUGACAGCACCAGUUCACUAGACACUGUCAAACAUAAAACUAGUCCUCUUGCUUUGGCCCAGGUGAACAACAGGAAUGACGCUCCCACUGAAAACUCCACCAAUACCCCCAAUGCACAAUUCCGGACACAAAGUAAAAAUACAACAAGGCAACAAAAUCCCAUCAUCUGCACCCAAGACUCAGUGAACAUAAAUAGUUUAUGUGAAAGGAAGAGUCAAUUGAAUCAAUCUUUGGACACAAUAGAAAGUAUUUAUAAUGGAAAUGUGAGCAGUACAUUUGCUGAGAGUGAGUAUAGUGUCAGUGACAUCUCAAACACCCUUAAAAUGGCUGAUCAAACAACCUCAUUAACCAAACUUGGAUCUCUGCAAUCUAAAUGCAAGAGCAUGCUGCAGCAUUUCAUCUCUAGUUUUGAACGAGAUCAGAAAGUUCCAUUCAACCAGUCUUUUGUUUCAAGGCAUCUUAUCUUGGAACAAUAUUUAGACCAUCCACCUGCACACGUAGACCUGAAGUACGAAGCGGUAAACUCUUUCUUGGAGUUGCAGAUGAUGAUGGAAACAUGGCAGUUUGUUGAAAACAAAAUAAAUUUUCUGAGUGGAAAACCUACCUUUAGGAGUUUGCUUUACUAUGAUUCUUCCCUUUAUGGUGAACUCUACAAGGGGGAGGUCGGCUUUCAGCAGCAGUCAUCAUUGUUUGCUUCUUUUCAAAAGGUCCUGGUGCAGGAGGGCUACAGUAAACUGCAGCAAUACUACAUUGCAGUAUCCUCUCUGCACCAACAGAUCAACGCGUCCCCUGGCACAUCUUACUACAUGUAUCUGAAAAGCAAACGUGAGCUGCUGGAGGCAGAAGCAGCGCUCAGAAAUUUGCAUGAUAUUAAAAGCUUCUUUUUGUCAGUACCAAUGGCUGCUAUGAUCAACUUUGGAGACAGUUUGGAAAGUCUGGAAAGGGUCCACAAAGUUAUAAUGGCUUUUGUGGAAACACCAUCGGAUCAGUUGCCAGGGACUUUUGAUGUAGGCAAAGCAGAGCAUCUGUCUAUAACAUGCAGAUAUCUCCAAGAAAAAGCUUUUUUUAUUAGGUCCUGCAAAGAAAUGGUCAGCAAAGUGUCAUGGUUUGGAAUAGAGCACCUUCUUUAUGAUGCCUCUAAGGUUCUUAUAUGGCAAGACAUGAAGCAUGGUGUGCCAAGUGAAGUUCUCAAGACGUAUAAGAGUUCAAACCCACAAAUUAUUUUUGGGGUAACAGAGUCUGGCGUCACUCUUGUUAAUAAAGUGGAGCAGCCUCCUCAAUCCAUGGGUGGAGAAGAGACCCCAGCUCAAAAACAAACCAAUGCUGCUCGGAAACGCAAAGGUUUACAGUUAUCGAUGUCCACUCAACCCACUGUUGCACAGAACUUGUUUGCCGAAAAGGAGGCAGCUUACAAAAUGGCUAAAAGGAGGGUAUCUUAUCCACCCAUAACACCAUGUAACAUAAAUAACAAUGGUGUGAAUCCACUGUUCAAAACUACUCCUCCAGCCCGCGUUGAGAACCCAACUCCUUACUACGCUCUUCCUCAAAAACCCAGUCCAGUUCAUUGGGGAAUGGUUGGCAGUAUUGCCGUAGACUGGAAUUCCCCAAACUUGGUGCCACCUUCAAAAUCUCAUGCACAGUCUGAAAUAAGGUCCCGUCUUCUGUCUAAAAAACAAGUGACUUUAUCACGCUCUGAUCAGAGGACAUCUUCAGCAGACAUACAAAGAGCCCAGUGGCCUUCCAUCUCAGCUCCUCAAGCAACUUUCCUUGAAGAUUCUGUAGUUACGUGUCCAAGAAUUGAGAGUGUGAAACAUCAACAAACUAGCACUUCACCACGUUGUCCCGUGCUCUCAAAAGAACAAGUUAACCAGUUCACUUUGGCCAUGACAAAGCCCUAUCCACAUUUUCCUUUAAAUACAUCUUCUGUUCCUCCUCCCCGUCUUUCACUCCAGAACACUAUGAUGCAUGUCCCUGUGCCCGGCACGAUUACAGCAAUUAGUUACCCUUACUUCCUUUUGAAUGGACAAACAUUCACCACAGGCUCCACUUCAGCCAUUGACCCUGAUGCUAGAUAUUAUCCUAAUGCCAUUUAGGACUAAUGUACUACAGCUAUGAUUAAAUAACAAAGCUAUAUGUUAUUUUGUGAGUUAAUUUAAGUUAUAGGGAAGUUGUUCAGUAAAUAACAUUUUAUGUCCUUACCUUUUUCUAGAAUUCCAUUCAUUCAUAUGUAAUUUUAAACAAAUAUACCAUAUAUAUAUCAAAUACAUACAGAAUUUACAUCUAAAACUGCCCAUGUAUAUACAUGUACAAAGAACUGAUGUGCAAUGUACUGUAUUGUAGUAUUUAUUGCAAAUCAAGAUUUCUUUUCUACCACAACUAAAUGUAAAUAAAGAAAGAAAUGUAUAAUUU